CUCACUUUUCCACAUCGCUUCACAGUUACGUUUGGCAGGCAGGCGGGCACGGCGGCGCGCUCAGCCCCGGAAUUAGCGGAUUUAUUUGGAAUAUCCCUGCUUUCCUGGAGACGUGCGGCUGCCGCUGGCUUGUGCGAAGGGAGAAAUUAAUAACUGAGCUCCGGCAUGCAGGCACAGAGACCCGGGAAGCCCAGCAAGCGGCGGCUCCGCCAGCAUCGGCAGCCUCGGAAAGCAUGAGAAGAAAAUCUGGAGCACCCUGCCCGUUCCCAGGGACUGGCUGAUGUUUUUUACCUCACCCUUUCAAUCCGUGAGUGAAGUGGCUGUGGGCGAGCGGCUCCCUUGCUCCUUGAAAGAGAAUCUUUAAUGACUGGAAAACUCAAUGGAUCAUGUUUUUAUCAUCUAAGCUAUUUUUACAUUGACUGUGCUGUAAACACAUGGAGGAGCUCUUGUGGUACAAUGCCAGAAAGACUAACGGAAAUGCUUAUGGAUACAUGGACUCCAUUAAUAAUAUUAUGGAUUACUGUCCUUCCUUCCAUUUAUAUGGCUCCCAUGAAUCAAUCUCAAGUACUACCAAGUGGAUCCAGUACAGGACUAAAAAGGCUAAAUGAAGAACAAAGAGUUUUGCACCGUUCCAAGAGAGGCUGGGUUUGGAAUCAAAUGUUUGUAUUGGAAGAAUUUUCUGGACCUGAACCAAUCUUAGUUGGCCGGCUGCACACUGACCUGGACCCUGGCAGCAGCAAAAUCAAGUAUAUUCUGUCAGGAGAUGGAGCUGGAACCAUCUUCGUGAUCAAUGACAAGACUGGAGACAUCCACGCCAUGAAGAGGCUGGACCGGGAGGAGAAGGCAGAGUACACCCUCACUGCCCAGGCCGUGGACAGGGACACCAACCAGCCCCUGGAGCCCCCCUCAGAAUUCAUCAUUAAGGUUCAGGACAUCAAUGACAACGCUCCUGAGUUUGUGGAGGGCCCCUACCACGCCACGGUGCCAGAAAUGUCUGUUGUGGGCACCUUUGUUACUAAAGUAACAGCUACAGAUGCAGAUGAUCCAGUGUAUGGAAACAGUGCCAAGCUGGUUUAUAGCAUUCUGGAAGGACAGCCUUACUUUUCUAUUGAGCCCCAUACAGCUAUAAUUAAAACAGCUCUUCCCAACAUGGACAGAGAAGCCAAAGAAGAAUAUUUUGUGGUCAUCCAAGCAAAGGACAUGGGAGGACAUAUGGGUGGACUCUCUGGAACUACAACAGUGACAAUUACACUCAGUGAUGUGAAUGACAAUCCUCCUAAGUUUGCACAGAGUCUGUAUCACUUCUCAGUAAUGGAAGAUGUUGCUCUUGGUGAACCAAUAGGAAGGGUGAAAGCAAAUGACCUGGAUAUUGGAGAAAAUGCUAAAUCAUCCUAUGAUAUUAUUGAAGGAGAUGGAAUGGAUGUAUUUGAGAUUACUACAGAUGCCCAAACUCAGGACGGCAUUAUUAGAGUGAGAAAGCCACUGGACUUUGAGACCAAAAAGUCCUACACUCUGAAGGUGGAGGCAGCCAACAUUCACAUCGACCCUCGCUUCCUCAGCGGGGGCCCCUUCAAGGACACAGCAACCGUGAAGAUCGUGGUGGAGGAUGCUGAUGAGCCACCAGUCUUCUCCUCACCCACCUACCUUCUGGAAGUACAUGAAAAUGCUGCUCUCAACUCUGUGCUGGGGCAGGUGACAGCCCAUGACCCCGAUGUGUCUUCCAGCCCUAUAAGGUUUUCCAUUGAUCGCCACACUGACCUUGAGAGGCAGUUCAACAUCAACGCAGAGGAUGGGAAAAUAACUCUGGCAACACCCCUGGACAGAGAAACCAGCACAUGGCACAACAUCACUAUUGUAGCCACUGAAACCAGGAACCACAGCCAGGUGUCCCGGGUGCCUGUUGCUAUCAAAGUUCUCGACGUGAACGACAAUGCCCCCGAGUUUGCAUCAGAGCACGAGGCCUUUCUGUGUGAGAAUGGGAAGCCUGGACAAGUAAUUCAGAUUGUCAGUGCUGUUGACAAGGAUGAUCCUAAAAAUGGGCAUUAUUUCCUCUACAGCCUUCUUCCUGAAAUGGUCAACAACCCAAAUUUCACCAUCAAGAAAAAUGAAGAUAACACCCUGAGCAUCCUGGCCAAGCACAGCGGCUUCAGCCGGCAGAAGCAGGAGGUGUACCUGCUGCCCAUCGUCAUCAGCGACAGCGGCUCGCCCCCCAUGAGCAGCACGGGCACGCUGACCAUCCGCGUCUGCGGCUGCAGCAGCGACGGCAUCGUCCAGUCCUGCAACGUGGAGGCCUACGUGCUGCCCAUCGGGCUCAGCAUGGGCGCCCUCAUCGCCAUCCUGGCCUGCAUCAUCCUCCUGCUCGUCAUUGUGGUGCUGUUUGUGACACUAAGAAGACACAAGAAUGAGCCUCUAAUCAUCAAAGAUGAUGAAGAUGUGAGGGAAAAUAUCAUCCGCUAUGACGACGAAGGAGGUGGAGAGGAAGAUACAGAAGCGUUUGACAUUGCAACUUUGCAAAAUCCGGAUGGAAUUAAUGGAUUUUUGCCUCGCAAGGAUAUUAAGCCUGAUCUUCAGUUUAUGCCCAGGCAGGGUCUUGCACCUGUUCCUAACGGUGUUGAUGUUGAUGAAUUUAUUAAUGUAAGGCUUCAUGAAGCUGAUAAUGAUCCCACAGCUCCGCCAUAUGACUCUAUCCAGAUUUAUGGCUAUGAAGGAAAGGGGUCAGCCGCUGGUUCCCUCAGUUCCCUCGAGUCCUCCACAUCAGACUCAGACCAGAAUUUUGACUACCUCAGUGAAUGGGGUCCUCGCUUUAAAAGACUCGGAGAACUUUACUCAGUCGGAGAAAGUGACAAAGAAACUUGACAGUGGAUUACAAACUUUUUCCCUGUUGACUUAAUGAUCAUGUAAUAUUCUAGGGCCACUGCUGUUAGUUAAAACUAAUGUGGCUUUUUGUUUUAGAGGCAAGUUUAGCGCCAGUCAUCUAUAAAAUCAACUACAUUGUAAUGUUGAACCAAAAAAAAAAGUAUAUGUUAGGAGGUUAAGUCUUGUGGAGUGUGAAGUAAAGUAUGUGGAGUGUCUAGAAGUCUUUGGAUAUUUGAUAUUCACUUGACCACUCUGAAGAUGGAGAUUUGGAUCUUUGAUUAUCUUCAGUGAAUUGAAAAGAACAAAAAAAGAAAUUGGUGCUCUCUUAGGAAACGGACUUGCAGGGAUUUGCUGUUGAACAGUAGCUCCUGCCCAGUAUGUGUAAAACUAAAGGUUUGUUUCUGCAUUGCCAACAAAGAUCCCGCCACAGAAAUGUUCAAAGCAAUAUCUUGGUCUUCUUAGCAAUGCUGAGCAGAAAUGGCAUUGCCAAUUCCUACUGGCUCCUACUGUGCAGUGACCAUCCAUUGUACAUACGGUAAUUGUUGGCCACGUAACCACAGACUGAAUAUCAUCUUUAAAUAUUGUGUCAAGCCUUAAAAUAUUCACAUGUUCUUAAUCCAUUCCAGUGAUGGGUAAUAAAUACUACUAAUGUGUAGAGAUUCAGAGGCAGGGCUGCAAAACCUUGCUUCACAAAAGGAUCUUUUUCUAGAAGAAGGAUCAACCCUGUGCUUCGUCUUCUGAAAGAAAAAACUGUGAAAUGGGAUGGACUUACAUAAAUGAAAGAAUUGCUGAUUUUAUUGCUAAAGAUCGAAUUUAUUUGUUUAAUCUUUGAAAUAAAUAUUUUAUUGAUGUCCAUUACUGCUUUUAUUUAUUAAGACUGAUAAUCUAUAGAGUAAGAUUAUGAAGAAAACUAAAUUAUAUCAGUUAGAUUUUUUUCUCUCUAUAUAAUGAAUGUUUCAUACAUGUACAUUUUGAAAAGAAAAAUGACAAAUUGUUGCAGGUUAAAGCAGUUCCCUGUCCAUUUGCAGUAGCUGAAUUUUAAGAGAAUGCUGGCAGGCAUUAAACCUAGCCAGAGAAAACUUUUGACAGUUUUAUAUCUUCUUCAUAAAUCUAGUACCUGGUGUUUUUAAUACAAGCACAAACAGCUGGAAGUAAACUGGUUCAUGUGAAUAUUUAAACUAUAGACUUUUAGAAAUCCACACAUAACACAGUACAGUAAAAAAAAAAAACCAUGCUUAUAGUUCUCCACUGUAUUAGAGCAGGAACCAGUGUGUACAUAAUUUUACUGCUUCUGUUAUUAGCAUUUUUUUCUAUAAUAUUCAUAGUGAUGCACCAGGGCUCUUGCACACAGAGAAAGAACACUAGAAGCUGCAAGCAUACUCAAUUUGUAAUGCAAACUUGCCAUUUAGAAGUAGCAAUUGUAUAAGAAAACUACGUAUUACAUGCAAAUCAUUUUAAUUUUCUACUUUGUUUUGGAGCUAUAUUAUCGUUUGUUUAUUUACUCCAUGUAUUGUAUUCAGAGAAACUCCUGUAUUGUUUCCUACUUUGUGAAAUAUAUUUUUAUAA